AAAUUGAUCAAAUUUUGUUUCUUCAUUGAUAUAAAUCAUAAUUGAUUACUAUAGAUUCUUAUUGUCAUCUAAUUUUUUCUUCAUUAUAUUCUGUUAACAUAAAUCAUGAAAAUUAAAACGAUAAAAAUCAUUGAUCAAAAUGAACAAUCUAAAAAUUCCAUUCACAGAUUACAUCUAAUUAAUUGUCAAUUUCAAAAAGAUUGUCAAAAUGUUCCCAUAUCCGAUUAUUUUGAUAGUCAAUUCGAUUCAAAUGAUGAAAAAUUAAAUGUUUCGUUUCGAGGUCGACCAAUGAAUGGCCAAUCAGUUCGAUUACCUGGAAAAUUUUCAUUUGCAGUCAUCGAUCCGAUAGAUGAAACAAAAAAUGAUCAAACUAUCAUUGCUCAUAAAUUAGAUGAUAAAGCUUAUUGUUGGAAUUUGGACAAAAUUCCUUCAGGCACUGAUUCAAUGCCACAAGUAUUGAAUUGGAUUAAUCUAGCUCAAGAAAUUCAUUCACAUGUUCAACUUGAAGAUGAUGCAUAAUUUUUGUCAUUUUUUAUAAAUGUCUCCGUUUGAAACUUUAUGGUCAAGAUCCAUAAAUCCUUAAUUUGAUUUU